AUGGCUGCUCGAGCCGGCUUCCAUCAAGCAACUCAGUUCCUACCGAAUCGAAAGCACCAGAAUGUCGCAGUAGCAUGCUUGCGCCUGCUACGACAAGACUUAUGUAGCUUUCUUGAGACAAACCCCGACAAUAGGCAAGAAGGUUUAUUCAAAGAUGCCCUCCCCCACCUCGACAUGAUGAAUCUUCUAGUGAUUUCGGUAAAUGUUCAAGCUCUUUCAGAAGCGCAUUUUGGUCGCUACACCUUCGUGCCGAGUCAAAAUCGAUCAAAACAGCCUUUGAAUCACGAAUAA